UACGCUCGUACAAUACGAGCGGCGCCUGGCUCACUCGAUCCUCUGCUACGACGCGCGCUGCUACUUAAGCGGCUCAUCACCUGCUCUCGCUCCGAUUCCGGUCGCCUCUCCCUUUCGCUAGCUCACGCCGUCGUCGUCACAAGCUCACACUAGCUUUACGCGAGGGAAGCACGCCUCGCGGCUAGGGGUAGCUCUAGCCUCUAGCUCCACCUCCACCGCGGCGCGCGCUCGCGGGGCAUGUCGGCGGCGGCGGCUCCCCGUGUGGCCGGCGCGGCCCGGAGGCUGUCCCAGUCUCCAAAGCCGGCCGGCGCCAGUAGGGAUAAGGAACCUCCCCCGCCCCGGCGCGAGGACGCCGCGGCGGCGGCAGCCGACAAGGCCAGGAGGAGGCUGCUGCCGUCGGCCUCGGCCAGGGGCGCCGCGGCGUCCAUGCUGCUGCGCCGCGCCGGCGCCGGCGCGGGUGGGCGAGGGAGCAGCUACGUGCACCCGUCGUCCUCGCUCAGCGUCUCGUGCGCGUCGGAGGCGUCCACCGAGUCCUUCUGCAGCCGCGCGUCGACGGGGCGGAUCGGCCGCCGCCCGGCGCCGGGGCAGCCCGUUGGAGCUCCGCGGCGGAGGGCGGCGGGCUCGGCGGGGCCUCCUUCGGCGCGGCCGGCCACGUCCAGGAAGGCUGCCGCCAGCGCCGUGCCGCCAGGCGGUGCUGCCACUGCUCCGGUGGUGGUGCCGGUGUUUGGCUCGUUCAGUGGAGAGCCCACCGCGACGCCGGCCGGGCCGCCCAGGUGCCCGUGGGUUACCCCUAACACUGAUCCCUGCUACGCUGCCUUCCAUGACCAAGAAUGGGGAGUGCCAGUGCAUGACGACAAGAAACUGUUUGAAAUGCUCACUCUGUCUGGUGCACUGGCCGAGAUGGCAUGGCCUGCGAUUCUCAGCAAGAGGGACACCUUCAGAGAAGUGUUCAUGGACUUUAACCCUGUGUUGGUGGCGAAGCUGAACGAGAAGAAAUUCUUGGCGCCAGGCAGCCCUGCUAGCUCCCUGCUGUCGGAACACAGGCUGCGCAUAAUCAUCGAAAACGCACGUGAGUUGCUGAAGGUCAUAGAGGAGUUUGGAUCGUUCGACAGCUACUGCUGGAGCUUCGUGAGCAACAAGCCGAUGGUUGGCAGCUACCGGCACACGCGGGAGGUGCCGCUCCGGACGGCGAAGGCCGACGCCAUCAGCCAGGACCUGAUGCGCCGGGGGUUCCUCGGCGUCGGCCCCACGGUGGUCUACGCCUUCAUGCAGGCCGUCGGCAUGGCCAACGACCACCUCGUCACCUGCUACCGCUUCGAGGAGUGCCUCGACAUCAAAGCCGCCGCCGCCGCCGCAACUGACGGCUACGGUGACAGUUGCAAGCCGGCAGCGGUGAGCGAGCAGGAGGUGAGCAUGCUCUGUGGGCUGGUGCAGUGCGUCGCCCUGGAGCCGUCGAGAGCCGCCACAGUGAUCAGCAUCUCAUAGAAGCCAGUCACAGCUGCAGUUAAUUACCAGGUGAUGACGAGUGAGAAGGGAUUAGGAGAUUUGAUUCCACUUAAUUGUGCCCUGCAAUGCGUGCAUGUGUAGAUAUGGUCGUGUUUGAGUUUGAGGGUGUGCAUGGUUGUUGAUGUGAGGUUUGAGAAAUGGGGGUUUGCGUGAGCCGAGGGUGUUGAAAAGAUGUGUAGGUAGGAGAAGAAGUUUCAGACGACGUGUUCACAUUUCACAUUCCAUGUUGAACUAAAGGAGUGGUGGAGUGGAGCCGGUACAGAUCUAGAUCUUGUAAAGUUGCAAAGAUUGUUCUCUAACCGAUAUGCAAAGCAAAAGAAAGUCUCUUCGUUCGGCUUUGUUUA